GGAAUAAAUGGAAAUUUCAGAUUUGAUUUUAAGAAAUGUAAAAUACACUUUUAUGUUUGCUCAAAAGAAAAAAAGAGAGUAUAAGAUACACUUUUAUAUAAUAAAGGUUUGACACGUUAGCAUUUGGUUAGGAUAAAUUGAACCAAUGUCGUUGUGAAGAUGACUAUACUUAUGAUUAAAUAUAAUCUCAUCCAUAUUUAAUUAACGUCAUUAUAGUUUUUUUUUGUAUAGUGGGUAGAUGAAUAUUUCAUAGUUUUUUUUAUGAUUCGUGCCGUUGACAUUCGUUUUCUUAUCGUUGUCAAAACAAACAUCAUUUCAUCACAUAUGGGCUUAUGUUAUGAUUAGCUUAGUAGUUGUUACUUAAAAAUUCACUAAACGUACUCUUAAUUUGACUCAUUAAAACCAUAUUAAAUUGGAUUAGACAAAGAGUAUUUGGGACGUCGUAUUAUGAAGAAAUGCAUAGAAAAUUCCAUGGAAAACUACCAAAUUGAAGUUUCCUUAUAUUCUGAAUAACAACACGUUUUAAAUUUGUACAAGUAUGGUUUGUUAUUAAGUGCCUUGUCUAAUUGUGAUAUUCUUCAGUCUAUGUGCGUUGAUAUUUGAAAUAUUCAAUGAUAAAAUUAUGCCAUAUACUGUAUAAGUAUAUGAAAGUGAAUUCAAAGAUACGGUAUGAAUCAAAUCCACAUCUACAUGGAAACAUUAGAAAAGCCUACUUCCCUUUGAACUAUUUUUAAAAACAAAUCAUGAAAAUAAAUACUUAGUGGUGAAUGGUUCUUCAAUGUAUAAUGUAUAUACAUUCAAUUAAAAGGAAAGACAAGUAUGUGACGGCAACAAAAAAAGAUUGGACGCUCGUGGAUGGUGGAAGCCGACAAGUGUUAGGUGUUACGAGUCGUCGUCGUCUUGUAUAAAACCCACACGCUUGUUAGUCCGUUUCUUCUUGGGUUAGAGUUAGACCACGUGAACGCCCUUCUCUCUUGCUUCUUACUGGGGCCACAGUGGCAUUGCAAAAUAUUUGUAUCAUCACGCUAGGUGAGAAGUAGAUGGGACAAGUGUGACAUUAGUUUUAUUGAAAAUUGAAGAUAUGGUGUGCCUAUGUUGUAAUUCUUUUUUAUUUUGUAAACUGCCUAUGUUGUAAUAUUUGCUAGAUACGUAUCUUGAAUAAUUUUAAUUAUAAAAAAUAUUAGAGAGAUGUGUAAAAGGUUUGAUAUAAACAUGUAUACUUUAUACUUAUAAAGAAUUAGCAAUACUUGGAAUUUUAAACAACAUAUUUUUUUUGAACACAAGGAAUUUUCAACAACAUAAAACUUGAAACUACUACCAAAAUCACGAGUAUUUUGUUUGAAUAAUUGUGAAUAUAGAAUAUAAAAAUCAUAUCCAAAGUACUUAAUAUUAGCCAUAUAUAUAAUUUGUUAAUAGAUAACGUAAUAAUUAUGAGAUAAGAUUUCAGUUACUUUUUUUUUGAAAAGACAAAAUUCAUAUAACUAUAUGGCAAAAUAUCAAUUAAUUAAGUAUUUUGACUCUUUGUAAAACAAUAAAUAAUAGAUUUGACUCAAUUUUCAAAGUUUAAUACUUUUUAUUAAUUAGAUUGGACUGGUUGGUUAAUCACAUUGUAAACGCCCGCUCUCUAUUUCACCACUUGGUCUCUCAAAGUCCAUGCUCGUGGCGUAAUCUCUCUUCUUCGUAUCGGAAUCAUCGAGAUAAAAGUGAAGAUGGCGACGAUGGAGAGCUUGAUCGGUUUGGUUAACAGGAUACAAAGAGCAUGCACUGCACUCGGCGACUAUGGCGGCGGAAACAACGCUCUCUCUUCUCUCUGGGAAGCUCUUCCUUCUGUAGCCGUCGUCGGUGGCCAGAGUUCUGGAAAGUCUUCUGUCCUCGAGAGCAUUGUCGGAAGAGAUUUUCUCCCUAGAGGAUCUGGUAUUGUUACGAGGAGGCCGUUGGUGUUACAGCUACAUAAGACUGAACAUGGAACAUAUGAAUACGCUGAGUUUCUACACCUUACCAAUAAGAGAUUCACCAACUUCUCUUUGGUUCGUAAGGAGAUUCAAGAUGAGACUGAUAGAAUCACUGGGAAGAACAAACAGAUCUCUCCUGUUCCUAUUCACCUCAGUAUCUUCUCUCCCAAUGUUGUGGAUCUUACUCUCAUUGACUUACCUGGUUUGACUAAAGUUGCUGUUGAAGGACAGCCAGAAACUAUAGCUGAAGAUAUUGAGUCCAUGGUUCGCUCAUACGUUGCAAAGCCUAACUGUCUUAUACUAGCAAUAUCUCCUGCUAACCAAGACAUAGCCACAUCAGAUGCGAUAAAACUCGCCAAAGAAGUGGAUCCAACAGGUGGUAGAACGUUUGGAGUUUUGACAAAGUUAGACUUGAUGGACAAGGGAACUAAUGCAUUGGAUGUUAUCGAAGGAAGAUCAUACAGGAUGCAAUAUCCUUGGGCUGGAAUAGUGAACCGUUCACAAGCAGAUAUUAACAAGAAUGUUGAUAUGAUGGUCGCUAGAAGGAAAGAGCGAGAAUAUUUUGAAACUAGUCCUGACUAUGGUCACUUAGCUAAUAAAAUGGGCUCAGAAUAUCUCGCAAAGAUGCUCUCUAAGCUCUUAGAAUCUGUUAUAAGGGCACGUAUUCCAAACAUCAUAACCUUGAUAAACAGAAGCAUCGAGGAACUAGAAAGAGAGCUAGACCAAUUGGGUAGGCCUAUCGCAAUUGAUGCUGGAGCUAAACUAUACAACAUCUUGGGAAUGUGUCGUGCAUUUGAAAAGAUAUUCAAAGAACAUUUAGAUGGCGGGCGUCCUGGAGGUGCACGUAUAUAUGGAAUCUUUGACUACCAACUUCCAGGAGCCAUUGGAAAGCUUCCUUUUGAUCGUCAUCUUUCGUUGGAAAGUGUUAAGAGGAUUGUCUCACAAUCUGAUGGCUAUCAACCUCAUUUGAUAGCUCCAGAAAUGGGUUAUCGUCGUCUCAUUGAAGGAUCCCUAUAUCUUUUUAGAGGUCCAGCUGAAGCUUCUGUGAAUGCUGUUCAUAGUGUCUUAAAAGAGCUUGUCAGAAAAUCAAUAGCAGAAACUGAGGAGCUUAAACGGUUUCCUUCACUACAAACUGAGCUAGCUGCUGCAGCAAACUCAUCUCUAGAGAAGUUCCGUGAAGAAAGCAUGAAGUCGGUUCUUAUGUUAGUCGACAUGGAAGCUUCAUAUCUAACUGUAGAUUUCUUUCGUAAGCUUCAUGAAAUGGACACACAAGGAAGCCAAAACACAUCUCUUUCAUCACCAACCACAGUAGAACAGAACGGUGAAAGACAGUUCAGAACGAUAGCUUCAAAUGUAGCUGGUUACAUCAAAAUGGUCGCAGAUACACUUGCUAACACCAUUCCUAAGGCCGUUGUUCAUUGCCAAGUCAGACAGGCGAAACUCGCCUUGCUCAAUUAUUUCUACACGCAGAUGAGUCAGCGUCAGGGGAAACACUUGGGGCAGCUGCUAGAUGAGAACCCUGCAUUGAUGGAAAGGAGGCUACAGUGUGCAAAGAGGCUAGAGCUAUACAAGAAUGCUAGAGAUGAGAUUGAUGCAGCAGUUUGGCUUGGAUGAAGCUAAGUGUCUAUGUGAUAGUGUCGUAUAAUUAAGGUUUCAUAUGUUAAAGAUAAGAUUCAUAACCAACUAAGUCUUAUGUACCAAAGAAGAAGCAACAUGAUUCGUUGCCUUGCCUCCAGAGUUAUUUAGUACUUGAUUAUAGUUAUAGAUUAUAAGUUUAUAACUAUCACCUUUAGUUAUAAAUUUGGAUUGUGGAUUUGGUAAUACAGAAACUCUUUACUGGAA